AUGGUCAUAAAGGAGACAGGCAGGAAGUCCAUGGGCAACCUCCGUGGUCGUAUUUGGGUGGACAGGAAGUUCACAGACUACGUCCGUGGUCAUGAGGAAUUUAAUACAGCACUGACGUCCUUACUAAACAAGCUCAAACAUGGAAAAGAAAUGAAAGAAGAGUGUGAUGAAACAAUUGAACACAUCAAGUCUCAAGCUGAGCACACAGAGCGUCAGAUUAAAGAAGAGUUUGAGAAGCUUCAUCAGUUUCUCAGAGACGAAGAAGAAGCUACAAUCACUGCACUGAGGGAGGAAGAGGAGCAGAAGAAGCAGAGGAUGAAGGAGAAGCUGAAAGAGAUAAACAGACACUUCUCAUCUCUUUCACACACAAUCAGAGACAUGGAGAAGAUGAAAAAAGACAAUGACAUCUCAUUUAUAAAGGUUACAAAUCAGUCUGGCUUCAUUCUUUGUGCAUUAAACAACUUGUAUAGAGAGACUCAGUAG